UGAGAAACGGACUGGCGUAUGCUCUCAGCCAAUUGCAAAAGCUGCUUUCUUUCCUGUCCCACCUACCACAUCCUCUCAUUUUGUUUCUGUCUCUUUCAUCAUCACUCACCCACGGUGCUUCCUGUUCCUGUACUCCCAGACCGGCGUGCUUGGCUGAAAAUGGAACUGAUGAGCUGGGAGGAAACAAUUGCUUUGGACCAGUGCCAUGUUCCAGAUACGGGGAGCAAUGAGCUGGUGGUGGAGAGGCUGGAGACUGACACCCCAACCCCACGAAACGAUUGGGGCUGAAGUGGACAAAUGAAGUAACUGAAUCUUGAAAAUGGGCUGAAAUGAAACACCCCGGAACUGAGCACCCAGGAUGGUUGGGUAAGGGUCUCCCUCUGAGUAGGGACUUAAAGACUGAGUGCUUUUACAGCCUACAUGAGCUGAGAUAAGGAUAAUCAGCUCCUGUGCUUUCAGGGUUUGCUCUGAUCUCUGUGAGGGUUAGUGAGGAGUAGCCAGAGGUGUGUUGCUGGAGGCAGGAUGCUUGACUUGUUUUAUUAUUAGUUAUAUUACACUGUUCCCUAGAGGCCCUACUGUGUUGGGGGUUGUAGAGACACUUACAGACCAUCCCUGUCCCAAAGAUUUUUGUUGGCUUUGUCUGCUUAGGUUAUAAAGGAUGGAAGACAGGAAGUAUCAGCAUUACAGAUGGGCAACUGAGGUACAGAGAGCUGACGGCUGAGAUUUUUCAAAGGAGCCCAGUGGAGUUAGGCACCAAAAUCAGAGAUUUAAAAGGACUUGCUUGAGGUUCCCAGGGAGUCUGUGGCGGAGCUGAGAACUGAUCCCAGAUGUCCUAGUCCAGAGCUUUAACCACACAACUACCUUGAGGGUGGGUGUUGAGGGCCGGCUCUCCCCUCAAGGCAUUUCUUCUCGGACCCAUGAGACCGCUCUGUGCUUUGCCAUUGGUGGUGUCACAGCUGGGUUUCAGGGCAUGGGUGGAGUCUGCCAUGAGUAUGUUAAGUCCAUCUUUCACCUGAUGACACGUGCCCUGAACAGACCCAACUGCAUCAAGGAUGGAGAGAAGCAUUAAUUCCCUCUCCCAUUUUGUGCCUGCAAUGAAAUCUAGUAGAUGGGGGUCAAUAUUUAAGGCCAGGAGGGAACAUUAUGACUAUCUAGACUGACUUCCUGCAUCGCAGGGGGCAUAGAAAGUCACCUAGUAAUUCCACUAUGACUCCCUGACUCCUUCCCAUUUCUAAAACUCAACCAUUAGCCCCCCUCUCCACGUAUGCUGCUUUAAAAUAGUUCCCUGCAUGAGCCCUUCUUACCCCACUGCGUCUCGAGUUAACUUCACUGCGCCACUUCCCUGGCUGGAACGGCUAUGCCCUUAGAAGCUGCUCGUAUGGCCUUAUUGAAAAUAGGCCAGAUGGAACCUCUAGAUUGCCUAGUCUGAUCUCCAGUUUAAUACCAGCUGGAGAAUUUCACCUAGCAAUCCCACUGAUUGUGUUUGCGUAAAGCAUCCCUCCUAGAAAGGUAUCCGUCUCCAAUUUUUCAGCAUCCUUAUUAAAAUUUGUACACCAGAACUGGAUUCGGUAUUCCAGAAUUGGACUCACCAGUGCCAUAUACAUGGGUAAAAUCACCUCCCUGCUUCUACUGGCUGCUCCGCUGUUUAUGCAUGCGGGGAUUUUAUCUGUUGUCUUCUUGAGGGUGAAGUUGGGAAGCCCGGGAGCCCAUGCUGGAACACGAGGAAGUUGGGUGAGGAAGCAGCUAAAAUUCUCAACCACUUGGGGUUUCAGAGUCCUGGGUGGUGAUUUGUGUGUGGGAGGAGCAACCACAUUGCCACUUGUAGAACUAGGAGGGGUCUGCUAUGAUGAACCGCAUGUUCAGUCCGUGUUUCACCUGAUCUACCCUGAUUACACACAUGCCCUGAGCAGACUAAUGAAACAAACACCUGCAGCUGACGUCUGAUUUGGGGGAAAGCUGAUGUUCUAAUGGUCUCCAGUGGGUGAAGUCCCAGACAGUGAGAAGAAUAAGUAGCAGAUCCAUGCAAACUCUUCAGAAACAUGGAUCUGGUUUUUGUACAAAUGAAGGGGGGGCAUAGAUGCAAGGAAAAGUUUUCCAUGCAGUUGGUAGCUCUUCCCCCUUCCCCUUCUCUCUCUCUCCAUUGACCUGGAAACAUUUCCUCCUUGUAUCUGUAGGGGCAGGAACUCUGAAAACAAAAUUGGCUGGUUUCUCUUCUCCCUCCUCGCUCUGGAUCCCUUAUAGGAAUCACAGAUACUAACACGGCUGCUACUCUGAAACCAGUCUCUGAACUGAUCUUCCAAACAUUGCCAGGCCGUCUUUCAGUACCUGAAGCUGCAGAUGCUUUCAGAAAGCUGUAUCUUUCUGCACACGUGAACAGGAACUCCUUUCUGCAGGAUUUUAGUAAGGAAACUGCUUAGUAAAGGUUUGCUCUUUAGAGAAAUUCAUGGUGUAUCUCUCUAGAGAAUCCUGUUGCUUUCAGAGCUGCUCAUUUAAGGGAGAGUGGCCGCGAUGACCGUUCCUCUUGCUGCCAUGAGCCAUGGGCAGUGGGAUUUUGUGUCAUCGCAGAUUAAACUUGGCCUUUCUUCACUCAGAGUGCUCUUGGAUGGGUUUGGCCGUCCAUUGGCACCUUCUGAAUUUUGCGGGGUCAGACACUCAAAGAGGCAGAAGGGGACUGGACUUUUAGGGAAAGAAAUGGGGUUGAAAAACCACCUGCUCUGUACCGAUUACUCUGUCAACUUUAGGCAGUGGGCUACAGUAACCAGACUGUAAAAUUACUAUGUGAGCUGAAAGAUUGUCUGAGCUGAAGCAGUAGGAGCUAUGCUGGCCUCAGCUGGGAGGAGUUAGUACAGUUAAGCUAUCUAGUUUUCUAAGAGGCAAUUGUGUGCUGCAUUCUGCAUCUUUAAUACUGAGAUUCCUUAUCUUUACAGGGAUGAUUUGAGAUGAACCUUCAAGGAAAAUGUAUCUUUCUCUCCACCAGCAUCAACUGUUUACCGUGUUGAGUGGCAGAUUCUCAUCCACCAGGUGGUGUAUGUUUUGGAGGCAAGACCGUUGCUGUUGGCUCCAUUAAAAUGUCCAUGUGUGAGGACAUGUUGCUGUGCAAUUACCGCAAGUGCCGUGUCAAGCUCUCCGGCUAUGCCUGGGUCACAGCUUGUUCACACAUCUUCUGCGACCAGCACGGCAGUGGGGAAUUCAGCCGUUCACCAGCAGUCUGUCCCGCCUGCAACAGCACCCUCUCUGGCAAGCUGGACAUUGUUCGCACUGAGCUAAGUCCCUCUGAGGAAUACAAGGCCAUGGUGUUGGCUGGACUGCGGCCAGAGAUUGUGCUGGACAUCAGCUCCCGCGCAUUGGCCUUCUGGACAUACCAGGUUCACCAGGAGCGCCUGUACCAGGAAUACACCUACAGCAAGGCCGAGGGACACCUGAAGCAGAUGGAGAAGGUGUACACUCAGCAGCUGCAGAGCAAGGACAUGGAACUGACUUCUAUGAAGAGCGAGGUCUCCUCCCUGAAGAAGGUGCUGGAGGAAUACAAGAAGAAGUUCAGCGAGCUCUCAGAGAAGCUCAUGGAGCGCAACCGCCAAUACCAGAAGCUCCAGGGCCUCUAUGACAGCCUCCGCCUGCGCAACAUUGCCGUGGCUAAUCAGGAGGCUGCCCACGAGCCUCCCAUGAUGUCUCAGCCUGUGGUCUUUGGCUUCCCAUUGGGUAAUGCUGCCAGGUUCCCCGGGGACACCACGCCGGUCCGGGGCAGGUGUGGGGAGGAAGACUUCCACUUCAAACCCUUCUUUGCCACAUCCCCACCUGCGGGCGAAUCUGGCAACAGCUUCUUCACCUUCGCCUCUCCCAGCAAUGAGCUGGAGCCUCACCCUGGAGCCAGCAGGACCUACAAGAUGAAGAGGAUGUAACUGGUAAUGCACCUUUCACACCUGCCUCUUGGAAAUUUAGCCCAUAUGUCGGUGGGGGAAAGAGCAAAAAUGCUUAUUGUCUGGGGCUGGGAUUCUCCUCAGACUUGGGCUAUUUCUUUUAGGUAUUGUAAUGUACUCACCCUCUGAUUGUCACCUGCAGAUUGUCUUGCCCUCUCAUCCUAGUCUGUAAUGUCCUGUCACUUCUGAUUGUCAAUUUCAUUGUCACAACCUCUCACCAACAGACUGUCGCCCUCAGACUGUAAACCUCUCUCAUCCUUGGAUUGUCCCUCUCAGACUGUAAAAUUGACACCCUCUGACAGUAGUAUCCCAUCACUCUUGGACCAAGAUGAUCCUCAAAGACACCUAAAUAUCUUUGAGGAUCUGGGCCUGCUUCCAUUGUACUCUGCUUCAUGGCUUACACAUUUAUCACUGUUGUCUCUGUGUGUGAGAGAAUGUAUUUGUGUGUGUGAGUUUGUCUCUAAGUGUGUACCCUGUUGUGUGUGUUUGCCUCCGUGUAUGUAUGUGGGUCAAACUAUUCAUGGAUGUGUUUGUACAAGUCUAGAUAGUUGUGUGUUAUCAGUGUGUAUAAAUCAAUGUGUGUUUAAAUCUGUGUGUACACAGCUGUCUUUUGCUUUUGUGUGUGCACACAGACAUACAUGUGGGUAGGUGCCUCUUGCUGUGUGUGUAUCUCUGAAUGUCAUAGAGUGCAUAACUCUAUGGGUGUGUACAUGCAUAGCUUUGUGUAGGUGUGUUUUUGCUUCUAUAUCUAUGCUUGUGUUCCUCCUAUGUGUGUGUGUGUUUCUUGGUGUUAUCCAGUGUGUUCCCCUGGGUACAUUCCAUUCCAUCCUACCUUUGCAGUUAUUUCUCCCCCACUUAAAGUUCAUCCGUGUUAAUUUCACAUUCAUUAUUUACCCCUCACUUUCACCAGGAUUUAAAAUCUUUCAGCCCCGCAAUGGGAGAAGCAGGGUCAGUUUUGACAUCUCACAGCCAAUGGAUUUGUGCACUGUAUAAAGUCACCUCUGUAAAUAGGUUGUUCACCCUCUUAAAAAUAAGAUUAGCAAAAAAAGAAAGGGGAAAAAAAAAUGAUGUUUUGCAUCUUGGUUUCUAGUUGGAUCAAGGAUCUCUGCAGCAGGGGAGGCGGGUAGCACGGGUAGGGUGGGUUGUGUGAGAUCAGGGAAGGAUCACAGGAGGGAGGGAGGUGGGUGGCUUGGGGAGCACAGGCCAGGUUGCAGGGGAGUGGAUGUAAAUCAUCGGAGGUGAAUGGCAGGGUGUGCGCAACCUGGGGUUACCAGGUGUCCAGUGUUUGACCAGAAAAUCUGGUCUGACAGUGUCCAGUCUGAAAACACAGAUCAGACACCAAGAGUCCAGUUACCACCUGCAGGGGCACAAGGAGGAACAGCUGGGGCCAAGGAGGCGGGCUGGUGGGCAGGGAGGCGCUGCAAGGGGAUCGAGGCACAGAGCCAGCAGCGGGGACCAGCAGCCAUGCCCCCCAUUGCUUCCCACGGUGCAUGACCAUGACAGAGUCUCCCUCUCCAGCAGGCCGCAUCCUCUAGUGGCAGCAGCAUCAGCCCCGCUGCCAGAUCCUGCCUUGCACAGGCGAGUGGCCGGGUCAGGACGCGUUUCCCCGCCAGCCUCCAUGGCGCUCAGGGUAGACUGCAGGGAAGGGGGUUCCCGCUCAGCCCCAGUGGGAGGAUCCCUGCUCCCCAAGGUGGAGGGGCUCUGCUGGCCCCCCUGGUGGUGGGAGAGGGCUGCAAGUAGCAUUUCACUUUGCUGCCAACCCCCUCCCACCCUCCACAUACACAGCCCAGAACCAAGGUGUACCCAGCCAGCCCCUUCAGCGGCUGGCUCUGAGCCUAACUCUCCUCGGGCAUGCACCCCGCCCCCUCCCUGCAGGACCUAGAGCCAACUCCCCUCCCAGGAGAAACACGGAGACCAUAAUCCGCCCCCACCUCCGGAUUCCAACACUGUGGAAUUACUAUAUGCUGCAUCCCCACCUCUCGUGUAUGUGUGUGUUGGGGGUGGGGGGGGAGGGGGCGCUGGAGGUUUAGCUCAGUAGAGUCAGUAUCUCUAUUUCUCCCUACAUUUUUCCCUGCAAUCAUGUCUUAAAGAGGGUCCUCAAUACCCCCUGCUUUGUUGGGGUUAUUAUGGGAAUUGCCUAGUUGAGCUGUGGAACUUUUUCUCUGUACAGCACAGAGAUUUCUGUGGAGAGGAAUGUUUCACCUAAUCUAAAUGUGAUUUUGGUGAAGGUAAGGUUAAGAUUGAAAGAGGGGGUAGGAAACAUGCCACUUUCUGCAGUAAUUCCUGCUUUGGGGUUUAGGUGUUUUUGUUUUGAUUGGAGAGGAGAGGGGAGGGGAGGGGGCGGAGGCAGGGGUGUACUGUUUUCAGAAAUUGGAAAGUUGGCAGCCCUAGGUGGGCAGCGCAGCCUGGGGUAGGGUCAUGUUAGAGAGCUUAUUCCUUCACUCUCCCACUUCCCUGGUCCUUCUCGCAUGAACAGAGAGCAACAAUACCCGAAGUCUGAAGGUGCAAACAAUUCAAUGUUUAUUGUGGUGAACUUCCAGCAAGCUUAAAUCCAAGUUUCCUUUUUCCUCAUUUUCGAAUCCCAACUUACUUCCUGUUUGCCCCUAAUUUAUAUAUUAAUAUUCUUAGCUAUACCUUAACCAAUCAUUCUACUGAAAUUUACCUAACCAAUCCUAACAUAUAACAUGAUUAUGUAACCAAUUAUAUCCCACCACCUUAAUUAGUUUACACCCAGCAAAAAUAAUUAUACAGCAGACAGAAACAAUCACAGAACCAGACAGAGACCAUGCAAACAAACAGUAGCAAAGUGGGAACUAUAAUGACAAAACAAUACAGAAGUGAGGAUUUCACAACUAUAUCCCAGCUGUGUCUGUUGAUAAGUGAAUUCUUACCAGACAGAAAACUAUCAACCUAAAUUUCCUUUUACAUCUUCUAGGCUCUUCCCUUUCUCUGGAGGUGAUAGAUUGGAUCACCUUCCGAACAGCCCUAUAUUGACUAGUUUGGAAUGUGAGAAUGUGACCAAAUGCUUCCCAGCUUAUGGCUGCCUCUGCUGGUUGGCUAAAGGCCUUAGCCGAAGAACAGGGACUCAGACUGUCACAGUGAGAGAAGGCCCUUACACAGAUUCUUUGUAUACCUCUAUUACUAGCUAAAUGAUAAACAUAUACCUAAAUUCUUAAAGUAUAGGCCUUUACAGGCAGGUCUGAAUAUCUAUAUCCUAACACAUCAUACCUGCUAAUAUUUCAAGUGGCUGAAGUUGGAUGGAUGCUGCCUGCAGGGGAAAGGAGGCCUGGGGAUGUGGGGGCUAGGUGCUGACUGGGGGUGGGAGCUGCCCCCAGAGCGGGUAGGUGGCGGGUGGGGUGGGUGGGGACGUUGCAGGGGAACUGCAUACUUCCCUACAGUGACAACUCCUGUCCUGUGGGGGAUGGCUGGGCUAGGCUCCCCGGUCCAGGUGUUGUGCUCUGGCUCCUGCUGUAUGGAGUCACGGCAAUGUUCAUGUUUGGCCUGGCUGUGUCCCCACUCCCCCGUCGACGGGGCCAGGCUAAAUAUGAGCAUUGGUUCCAUGACACUACACCCCAUAUUCAUCAUGAGGGGAUGAUUAUCAUAUAAAAUGACAUAAUUACGAUCUUGGCUGUAGCCUCUCUGUUGUUGUUGGUUCAUGCAGCGGUUGGUCAGCCUGCAUGUAACUGAGUGUCCCUGCCUGUUCAAAUGCUGGUGAGAGUGUAAAUCUGGGAGUGGUCUACAGCUUGUCAUAGCAGCAUAGUGUAAGAGGGAGCCCAGGCUGGUGGGUCAGAGGGCUCAGUGGAACACCAGUUCCAGGUGGCACCCCAGGGGGAACUCAUCACAGCUUCAACCCCAUGCACCAGGAGUUAGGGCACAACGCCUGGAGCGGGAAACUGAGCCCAGCAAGCCCCACAGGACAGGAGCUGCUUCAAAUGGGACAUGGGGGUAGGUGUCAAAGCAGGACAGUCCCACAAAACCCAGGACUGUUGGGAGGUCUGUAGGGCUGCCACCUCUGAGAUACAAAAACAUGGGACAGCCGCAAUGGUCCUGAGACCGUCACACUAGACAGCUGGCAGCACGUACCAGGCUCCCAGACCGUUGGCGCUGACCACAAGUUACCUCGGCCUAUUGUCACAGAAUAGUUCAGGGGGAGCUAGUCAUGAACUGACUUUUACAGGCCAGGCUGGCUUGCAGCCACUCAACUGGAUAAACAAGUAAAGAGAGAAGGAAGGCCAGAGAGUGUUGAGCGUGGGAAUAGAGUGCAAUAGUGUUUCCUGCCAGAGCUUGCUUGUGGGUGAAUACAACGCCAACACCAACGCCCCCUCCCCGAGAAAGAGAUGGUGAUAAAAAUGACUAUGUAAAUUGCUUUAGAUGAACAGUCUCACCUGCAGACCCUGGUCUUGUGGGUGCCCAGGAAUUCCCCACGUUGGAGCAGCGCUUGCUACGAGCCCUCAAGGACAAGGCUGGAAGGUCCGGGACCGUCCAUAGCAGAAGGGGCGUAAGCAUUGAUUCUUGCUUGCUUGGUGGAAAGCACGUAUUUAGUAACAUGUGAAGGCUUAUUAUACUUUGGCAAUAAAACCGGUUAUACUUACA